GGGCCGUAUUAACCCUUCAAUCCAACAACAACAACAACACGAGCGACGUUUACUAUCAAAAUUUGUUAAGAAAAGAAUUUGGAUUUUUAUUAUGAUAAUGGAUGCGCCAACCUUAAUUAUUGAAACGGAUGAUCUACAAUAUGAAGAGGAACUUCUACGUAACCCUUUUUCAGUUAAACACUGGCAACGAUACAUAGAACACAAAAAAGAUGCUUCGUGUGAACAACUUAACAAGGUCUAUGAAAGAUCGUUACUGCAGAUGCCUGGUAGUUACAAGCUGUGGCACCAGUAUCUGAGACUAAGAAUGCAGCAAGUUAAGGGCCGAUGCAUCACAGACCCAGAGUUUGAGAGUGUUAAUAAUACUUUUGAACGUGCCUUGGUAUUUAUGCACAAGAUGCCUCGUGUAUGGAUAGAUUACUGCCAAUUUUUAAUGAAUCAGAAAAAGAUAACAAGAACUAGGAAGACAUUUGACCGUGCCCUUUGUGCUCUGCCAAUUACUCAGCAUAACCGCAUAUGGCCUCUGUACCUCAAGUUUGUUAUGUCUUAUACUAUUCCAGAGACAGCUGGCAGAGUUUGGAGAAGAUACCUAAAGCUAUGUCCAGAAGAUACUGAAGAUUACAUAAGCUACCUCAUAUCUAUUGGCCGACUGGAAGAGGCAGCCAAGAAAUACGAAUGGUGUGUUAACACAGACUCCUUUACUUCAAAAUAUGGCAAAUCUAAGCAUCAGUUGUGGUCUGAACUCUGUGAACUCAUCUCUAAAAACCCUCAGGAAACCAGUCUUAAAAAUGCGGAGGCCAUCAUUCGUCAUGGUCUUCAACGUUACACAGAUCAAGUUGGCAUGCUGUGGAACUCUCUGGCAGAAUUUUACAUCAUCAGUGCCCUGUUUGAAAGAGCUCGAGAUGUAUAUGAAGAAGGUCUAAGAAGUGUGAUGACAGUGCGAGAUUUUACCCAAGUGUUUGAUGCUUAUGCUCAGUUUGAAGAAUUAAUGCUCAAAAAGCGUAUGGAAGAAGUGGGUGCCGAAGUUGAUGAAGAAGAUGAAACUGAUCUAGAAUUAAGGUUGGCAAGAUAUGAAGAUCUUAUGCAACGGCGACCACUCCUACUCAAUUCAGUUAUGCUGCGGCAAAAUCCACAUAACGUUUUGGAGUGGCAGAAGAGGGUAACACUUUAUGAAGGAAAGCCAAAAAUGAUUGUUGCUACGUACAUGGAAGCUGUAAAAACAAUUGACCCGAAACAGGCUACAGGAAAGCUGUUUUCACUUUGGGUUAACUUUGCCAGGUUCUAUGAGGAAAACAACCAAAUUAUAGAUGCACGAAUCAUAUUCCAGCGUGCUACCGAAGUUGCAUAUGUGAAGGUGGAUGAUCUAGCCAGUGUUUGGUGUGAGUGGGCAGAGAUGGAAAUCAGACAUGACAAUGAAGAAGAGGCUUUAAAGCUUAUGAAACGUGCAACAGCACCGCCGCCUCACAAAGUUGCUUAUAAUGAUGAGUCAGAGCCUGUGCAGAGGCGGGUUUACAAGUCCCUUAAGCUGUGGUCAAUGUAUGCUGACUUGGAGGAGUGUCUGGGUACUUUCAAGUCUUGUAAAGCUGUAUAUGAUAGAAUCAUUGACUUGAGAAUUGCUACUCCACAAAUUAUUAUAAAUUAUGGAAUGUUCUUACAGGAAAACAACUACUUUGAAGAAGCAUUCAAAGCAUAUGAAAAGGGCAUCUCCUUGUUUAAAUGGCCUUAUGUAUAUGAUAUUUGGAACACUUACCUCACUAAGUUUCUUGAACGUUACAAGGGAACCAAGAUAGAACGUGCUCGAGAUCUUUUUGAACAGUGUCUCGAAAAAUGUCCUCCAAGCUAUGCUAGAAAUCUGUAUCUCUUAUAUGCCAAGAUGGAGGAAGAAUAUGGUCUAGCAAGACAUGCAAUGCAGGUAUACAGCCGUGCUACCAAAGCUGUACCACCUGAAGAAAAACUGGCCAUAUACAACAUUUACCUUCAGCAUGCUCAACAGAUUUAUGGUGUUACAAAAACAAGAGAAAUUUAUCAGGAGGCAAUUGAUGACCUACCUGAUGAAGGUGCACGAGAGAUGUGCUUACGUUUUGCUGAGAUGGAAAGAAAGCUGGGUGAAAUUGAUCGUGCUCGAGAAAUUUAUGCCUACUGCAGUCAUAUAUGUGACCCUCGCAUUACCGCAGAAUUUUGGGCCAAGUGGACAGACUUUGAAGUGGCCCAUGGUAAUGAAGACACCAUGAAAGAACUUCUUCGCAUCAAGAGGUCUAUGCAAGCUAAAUAUAACACACAGGUGAACAUGAUGUCUGCACAAAUGUUAGCAUCUGCAGACACUGUUGCAGGAACCGUUUCUGAUCUUGCUCCAGGUGCUAAGGAUGGAAUGCGCAUGUUGGAGGCUCGUGCUGUAGCUAUGAACCAGAUAGAAGAACAGAAUCCUCAGGCAACACAUGCUCCUGCAGGUGGUUCUAAAAUAAUGUUUGUCAGAGGCACGACCACAAAGCGGGAUGAAGAGAUUGCUGAUGCAGCACGUACUGCCAACCCAGAUGAAAUUGACUUGGAUGAUGAUGAUGAUGGUGACGAUGAUGAUAAGGAGGAUGAGGAUGAUGAUGAUGAUCUUCCUCAACAACGAGAAAUACCGUCAGCAGUUUUCGGCCAGCUGAAGAAGGAGUAAACUAAGAAUAAAGAAUAUGUAUUUUUUAAUAAAGAGUAAAAGGGUU